CUCAAAAUAAAGCGCUUCCCUCGUAAAAACACGCGCGCGCGCACGUCUCUCGCACGCCCGGAAAGCCAGUGCUUAUCAUUUGAGUGCACUCAGUUCCCCCUCCAGACCACCAGUGUGGUUCAUUCCAGCGCCUCUGUAUCCUCAGUGCGAGGUGUGCUUCUGCUGUCAUCCGCACUGAGCGAGGCGGUUCAAUCACUCCUCUGACAGAGCAGCAAAGUGAAAUACGAUGGAGAGCGAGCAGAGCUGGUCUUGUGCUGGACGCGUAUCUGGCAACGGGAAUGCAUGAGCUGUCUGCAGACGCUGUCGCUGAAUCGUCUUUGGCUGCAGGGCUGUGAGCAGCUACCAUGACGUACCCUAACACCAGCACGCUCACAGUCAACUUCACUGGAGCUUUGGACGGCCAUGACUCCGGAGGAAACAUCUACCGCCCCUUUUCUGUCUUCAGCGUUCUCACUCUCACUUUACUGGCGAUGCUGGUGGUGGCCACCUUCGUGUGGAACUUGCUGGUGCUGGUCACCAUCCUGAGGGUGAGAACGUUUCACCGAGUGCCCCACAACCUGGUGGCUUCGAUGGCCAUCUCAGAUGUGAUGGUGGCUGCUCUGGUCAUGCCCCUAAGCCUUGUCCACGAGCUGAACGGCAGACUGUGGAAACUGGGGCGCGUCCUGUGCCAGGUGUGGAUCUCAUUCGACGUGCUCUGCUGCACAGCCAGCAUCUGGAACGUGACGGCCAUUGCGCUGGACCGCUACUGGUCCAUCACUAGACACCUGCAGUACACACUCAAGACACGCAAAAAGAUCUCCAAUGUGAUGAUAGCGCUCACUUGGCUACUGUCCUCUAUCAUCUCCUUGUCACCGCUCUUCGGCUGGGGAGAGACUUACUCAGAGGGAAUGAAGUGCCAGGUGAGCCAGGAGCCUUCCUACACCAUUUUCUCCACCUUUGGGGCGUUUUACCUCCCUCUUUGUGUGGUUCUCUUUGUUUAUUGGAAGAUCUACAAGGCUGCCAAAUUUCGGAUUGGCUCCCGCAAGUCCAACACAAUCACUCCCAUGGCUGAGGUAAAGGAGGAGACACAGCAGCCCCAGAUGGUGUUUACUGUGCGCCACGCCACCGUGACCUUCCAGACAGACGGGGACACGUGGCGCGAGCAGAAGGAGAAGAAGGCUGCGCUGAUGGUAGGCAUUCUGAUUGGCGUGUUUGUGCUCUGCUGGAUCCCCUUCUUCAUCACCGAGCUCAUCGUCCCGCUGUGUUCCUGCGACAUCCCACCUAUCUGGAAGAGCAUCUUCUUGUGGCUGGGCUACUCCAACUCCUUCUUUAACCCACUUAUAUACACCGCAUUUAAUAAGAACUACAACAAUGCCCUGAGGAACCUCUUUUCCAGGCAGCGAUAAGCCGUUCUGCAAGCUUGGCCGACACGCUACACCAGCAUCUGCUCCACAGUGUUAGCCUACUUCUCAUGACGAAUCUGUGUCGGCUACUCCAUCACUAUCAGGUGGACGGUAGCCUAACGCUGUAUAUAACAGUCACCAUAAUGGGCUGUAGACGAAUGUUUUGAAGCCGGGAGUUCAGUGUUUUGGUGACUGCAAGUAUGGUUUUUGGAAACCAGAAGUGGCAGAAGUGUUGGAUGGGACUCCUGAACCCCAGGACGCUAUGCAAGCAGUGCCCAAAACCACACCCAGCAUUAUUGUCUAUUUUUGCUAUAAAUGGAACCACAAUUUUCAAAAUGAACACCAUGCUGCUUUGGAGAGGAUUUAAAAAUAGCAUUAGAGACCAAGAACUCAGUAGCCAAACGUUUACCGAGCCUGUAUCUCAAGUGUACAUUGGGUGGGGGUGGGUGGGUUCUCAUGGAGUGCUGUACAGUCUGACUACUUGUCACAACCAGAGAAGUUGUUCGCUGCUGGCCAGUAGGAAAGAUGCAGGUUUAAGGAAUUCAAACACUAUGAGAGCGCAUUUAGACACAGUUCUCACAGCCACGAAUGGCACCAUGGGCCAAAAGUGUCAUCAUCAGUGCUGGCACACCCUUUGGUGUUGUUUCAGCUGUUCGAGUACCUCUGGGUUUUUCUAACCAGGUGCCGCAGCCAGGGUCAAGACACAAAUCAAUCUUUUAGCAGCAUUUUAAUGAUAUAUAAGUACAGAAGCUUGGCGAUUCACAGAUUUUACAGAGGGAGGCUUCUUUGCUUCUGGUUUUGACAUCUCCUCUUAUACCAGCACUGCAGUGGAGGUUCUCUCUGAAGGCCGACACCUGUUGUUCAGGAGAACACUGUGGCGAGUACUUGUGCCCUCAGCACUUAUAUAAGGGCCCCAUUAUACCUGCCAAAUUGGUCGCUUUGUAUACUGACAGAAAUCGCACACCUGCAUCCGUUUACGCUUGCCAUAUGACGAUUUUGCGGCAAUGGAAAAACACUAAAGGUUACGGCGAGCAUACUGGGUCCAUAGAUGGUAAGGAGCUGUAGCGGCAUCACUCUUUUUGUGCAAAGAGACCAAUCUGGCGAGCAUAAAUUAGCCAUAAAAACCCAGAGGUCCCAUCUAUUUUUAUGUAGUCUAUAAUGAUAACCAGAAACUGUGUUUGUAAGAAAAAAGAAAGAAAAGUCUUUCAGUUUUUUUUGGUCUGUCUAUUAGAGAAAGUAACCUCACAGCUGGACUGAGCUAAUAUGUCCGCAAGAAGGAAAAUAAAUUGGUUGUGCUGCGGCGGCAGCAGCAGGUACGGCGCUGUCUACAUGUUAGCUUUCUCCCGCCUCGCUCAUUUCAAGCUUGUUAACGAGAAAUGCGUGUUAACGUGCUUGUCAACAAUUUCAUCAUGUGUGAGCCUGCUGAGAUUAAAAAGUAGAGCUGGAAUAAAAUUUCAGAAAAGUCGGGUAGAGCUGAGCGAGCUGAACUUCAUAAAUGAUAAAUUGAGAACCAGCUGGGGAAUUUGUGCUGUAACACAUCAAAAUACUCAUCGUCAGUAACAUCUCAAGCAAAGGAUUUUAUCUAAUUAUAGAAAAGAUGGGUUGUAGUACACAACCCUCUAGGAAAACUGUUGAAAAACCGUCUACCUUUGAGCUAGAUACACGCUGUGGUAUCACAUAAAAUUCAUUCAGACAUGCUUGCUGAUAAAUGUGCAUUCUGUCCUCUAGUGCUGACGAGCUACACACUAAUAUUUCCUGCACUUUGUCUACACACUAGUGAGGGUUUAAUGAAAGCGGAGAAAAAUAGCCACACAAGACAUUAUUUUCAUUUGUUUGAAUAAAUCCUUUGUUGAGAAGCUGCAGCCACAAAUGAUUACAUCUUACUCCUAUUCCAAUAACAGAUGGAUACAAAAGAUCUUUUGAGUGUUGCAAAGCCGCUCAAAGCAUUAUCACAAUAAUAGAUUCCAACACGUCAGUCGGAAUUGAAUUGAGCUAUAAAAAUAGGGGCGUUAAACUUGAUUAUACUGUAGUAUGAGGGUUACAGGAGUAAGAAAACCUGUCAAGUGACCAACAUCCAUGAACAGCUCAAAAAAAAAAAAAACAGACACAAAACACAGAGAUGAUAGAGCUGAUUUUAGUGUUUUCCAUUUUUAGAUCUUUUUGUAUCACUCCCCUGUUUUCCUGCAUAAAUUACUUUCUACAUAAUCAUUCCCCACUGUGGAAUCGGUUAAUGAACCUUUACUUUUUGUGAAAUAGACUGUGUUGUGAGGAAUCAAAUAUGAGAAAUGGAUUUUCAAUACAAAAAAACAAAAUGCCCUACAGUAUUAUGCAAAUUCUUCAGCUGCCCCACAGUUUUUUAAAAGAAUUUGUUAGGAAAUGUCAGAAAUAGGUGCAGUGAAUUAUUGAGAUGUGCAAACAUAAAUGAAAAUACAGUAUUUAAUGCAAAAUCUGAGUUAAUUCUAAUGAUCUUGAAAGACAAUAUUUGGCUUGAACGCACAACCUGAACUCUCUUGGGAAACUUUUCAUUUCUUCAGGAAUAGUUUUCCAGGUUUCCUGAAAGCUCUUUUUUAGAUGUUGGCUGCCUUGUCUUCUAUAUUUCCUCAAGAUGAUCCCACGCUGCUUCGAUAAUGCUGAGGUCCGGGCUCUGUGGAGAUUGAUCAAUGACCAGAGGAACACGGAUCAAUGAUCAGUGUCAGAGGAACACGGAUCAAUGAUCCGUGUUCCUCUUUGUGUUUUUCUGUCCGAGUUAUACUGCACUGCCAGUGUGUUUCAGUUCAAUUCAAUUGUAUUUCUGUAUCAAAUCACCACAACAGUUGCUCCAAAGAGCUUUAAUGUUUGGGAUCAUUGUCGUGCUGAAAGAAGCCAGACAUUGUCCAGAUAAUAUUGCAUCGUGGCUCAAAAUAUUUUCCAUUUUCAUAAUUCCACCAGUUUGGUCUGGAUCGACAACAACACUGACUGAAAUCAAGCACUAAGCCAUGACAGCUCCUCCACAGUUUUACAGAUGGCUGUAGAUCAGGGGUGGGCAACUCCAGGCCUCGAGGGCCGGUGUC